AGUUGGGAGAGUUGAAGCAAUACAUACAUCUCCCUUCUUCCUGCAAUGUCAAGCCGGGACGCGGUGCCUUCAAUCAGAGGUCUCGCCAAGCCCAAGUCUCCCACUGCACCCGAUUUGGGAGGCGACCACAGUUUCAGGCCGAGCCAUGACGCUGCCGAUUCACGGCUGCAGGGCCGCCACCCCGCCGGCCGUCUGCUGAGAGGGGAACGCGGCGUCUUCUCCUCGGACGACGCCGCCCUCACCAAGCAGAUCCUCGCCACUCACGCUCCGGACAUCGAUGACCUCAACGUCAAGCCACUUCUCUCCAUCGUCGAGGACAUCCUGCGCAUUGCUAAACCUUCCACCACAACUGAUCAUGCCUCUCUUGCUCAACCACAUUUGGAGACAUUGGAUAGCAGCAAGGCGAUACAGAGCUCAUCCCACCUCCAAGAUAGCAGCAAACUCGUCUACAAUCACGAGCACGAGUCGGAGAUUGUGAGGCUGCUGGCGUUUCCUAUCAGCAAGAUCUCUUGUGAGAUCAUCUGCAAAUGCUCUGCUGGUGGGGAGGCGCACUCGGUCACCAUGGACCUCCUGAAAUCACUCUCCAACUACUCAUGGGAUGCCAAGGUGGUGAUCAUCUUCGCGGCCUUCGCCAUCAACUACGGCGAGUUCUGGCUAGUUGAGCACCUCCACACCAAGAACAUGCUCGCCAAGCACAUCGCCACCCUCAAGGAUCUGCCCUACGUCAUGGAGCACGCCGGGAAGUUGGAGAAGAAGUUCGAAGCAGUUCUUGACCUCUUAAACGGUGUCAUGAAUGUUAUCCACUGCCUCAUCGACUUCAAGGAGCUCCCCUCCGUCUACAUCAGCCAUGACGCCCCAGAGGUGGUGGCUGCCACCGCUCAUAUCCCCACCGCCGUCUACUGGAUCAUAAGGAGCCUCCUUGCUUGCGCAUCCACGCUCCUCAACCUUAUUGGGAGCGGCCACGAGUACAUUACCUCAACUGCUGAAUCGUGGGAGAUAUCGAGUCUGGCUCAUAAGCUCUCAGUCAUAUUGGGCCACCUCCGAGACCAGCUCGCAGUUUGCAAGGACUUAGUUGAGAGAAAGAAGGCUGAAGAUGCAUACAUUGCGUUCAAGAGACUGAUCGAAUCAACUCACAUCGACAACAUGAAAGUUUUACGGGCAAUGAUCCGCGCCAGAGACGAUCAAAGGCCACUCUACGAUGGGUCCAAGAGGAUCAACGAGCGGCUGGAUGUGUUGAGAACCAAGUACGUGCUGCUGCUGAUCUCGGACCUGGACAUCCCUCACGAGGAGCUGAACGUGCUCCACAUGAUCUACAACCAGCAAGCGAGGAGGCACGAGUACGAGGUGUUGUGGCUUCCCAUUGUCGAUCCGAGGACGCCGAUGACGGGGGCGGAGAACACGGAGUUCUACCAGCUGCGCAACAACAGCAUGCCCUGGUACUCGGUGGAUCACCCGGCGCUCAUCGAGCCCGUGGCGGUGAGGUACAUCCGCGAGGAGCUCAAGUUCCUUCACAUGCCCAUGCUCAUCGUCCUCGACCCCCACGGAAAGCCCUCCAAAGCCGAUGCUCUGCCCAUGAUGUGGAUUUGGGGCAGCGAUGCCUUCCCCUUCACUAAGGACCAGGAAUGGGCUCUCUGGAGGGAUAAGACCUGGAACUUAGAACUCUUAGCUGACUCCAUCGAUCCACGCUUUCAAGAUUGGAUGAGGGGCAAUAGGGUGAUAUGCCUGUACGGCGGCGAGGACAUGGAGUGGAUCCGCAAGUUCACCCUGGCGGCGCGGGCGGCAGCGACGGCGAUGCACGUGCCGCUGGAGAUGCUGUACGUGGGGAAGCGGAACCCCCGGGAGCGGGUGCGGCGCUGCCACGAGGCCAUCGACCGGGACAAGCUGAGCCACGUGUUCCACCCCACGGAAUACUACGACUACGUGUGGUACUUCUGGGUGCGGCUGUGGAGCAUGUGGAACUCGAAGAAGCAGGUGGGGAUGACCGUGGAGACCGACCACAUCAUGCAGCAGAUCAUGGACAUCCUCACCUUCGACAGCAGCGAGCAGGGGUGGGCGGUCUUCAGCCGCGGCAACCACGAGAUCACCAAGGGGAAGGGCGACGUCGUGCUGUCGGUCAUGGAGGAUUACGCCGCCUGGGAGUACAAGGUCGACCACCCCGAUAAGUUCGUGGGCGUGCUCGACGAGAGGAUAAGAGGCUCGCACUCAGACCACCACUGCAACCGCCUCAUCCUGCCCGGCCACGCCGGCUACGUGCCCGAUCAUGUCGUCUGCUCCGAGUGUGGACGCACCAUGGAUAAGUAUGUUAUGUACCGCUGCUGCACCGACUGAUCAUGCAAUCUUUUUCUCUUGCCCAAAAUAAACUUGUGUCUCUUCUGUUUUAGUUUUCCACGCUUCUCUCUCUUUGCGCGCGUACGCUCUAGUAUCGUGUUGUAAUACUUGUUUCCGCAUUAAUCAAUAAAAUAUUGUUGUUCAAUUAUAAUAAAA